AUGGCUUCAUCCCCACACAGCUCCUCUCAUCUCUACUUACUCCUCGUCCUCUUCCCCCUCCUUGCGGCUGCCACGGCCUUACCCGUCACCUCCGAGUUCGAACUCGGCAUCCAGAAGAGAAUCCACUUCCGCGUCUACUUCCAUGAGACCUUUCUCGGGCCCGACAACACCACCGUCACCGUGGUGAACAUGAGCCUCCCCUACACCUUCGGGGACGUCGACAUCUUCGACGCCGUGCUGAGGAUCGGCCCCUCCCAACGGGACGAGUCGUCGCUGGUGCUGGUGUUCACGGCGGGAAACUUCUGCGACAGCACGCUCACGGUGAUCGGGAGGAUGGACGCGUGCGGGAAGGCGGACCAGGCCAUCGUGGGAGGGACGGGGGUGUUCCAGUUCGCGUCGGGGAACGUGGUGAGCAAGCAGGUGACGUCCGAUGUCGCAGGACUCGUCGUCGCCUUCGUGGUCUACGUCAUGUACCAUAACGACGUCCGUCUCACUUCCAUCGCGUGA